ACUGAAUCUGUCGGAGGUCCGGGCGGAUUUCCUGGGUUGGCGCCAGACCCCCCUUGGCGGCGCCUCCAGCGCCCGCCGUUCCUGGCGCGCUCCGCGUGCAAGGGGAGCGGGGCCCAGCGCCGACCCAAGAGAUCCUCGCAGGCCUGCGAACCUGUAUGUCUGUGCCGCGUUUUUUUCUAUUAUCGGGACAGCGAGGACUGCUCAUGUGUGGACUACAGCAUGUUCACGCCACGCUUCUGCGCCCUCUGACUGAGGCGAUGCUGGCGGCCGUCGGGCAGGUUAUGCCUUGCUAUCUCAAGUUCCCCGGCUUCUUCAAGGUGCCGUCCGGGGUCCUGGCUGUAACGAAGGCGCCCGGCAGCUACGGUAUGGCCGCCAUCGUCGUCCUGGCAGCCGUGCUGGAGAUCUUCUUCUGGAAGGAGCGCGACGACAGGGAGCCGGGCGACUUUGGCGACCCCCUCGGGCUCCAGGGCGUCGGCGGCUACGACGAGUUUUGGAGGGAGAUCGAGCUCAACAACGGCCGCGCUGGCAUGUUCGCCGCCAUGGGCAUCAUCGGCGCCGAGGUCGUCACAGGGCGGGACGCGCAGGACGACCAGCUCGCCACCCUGGCGGACAUCGUCCCCUUCUUCUGAGUUCGGGCGGCUGCCGGCACCCGCUCGCUGGAGGGAUGGCCUCGGAAGGACCCUCGGUGUGCACACCGCGCCGACUUGUGGGCCCAGGAGCCAGAGGACUCGGCGAGCGGAUCUGGUGCGCAGACGCUGCAGGUUCCCACAGCCUGGGAACCUGGUUGCCGAGGUGGACCGAUCAAAACACUCGGUGUAUUUGGACCAACCCAAAGUCUCGGUGUUCACCCCGAGCCUCUCCUAGGCGACGCUCAGCGGCCGGAUUGGCUUACGAGGCGUGAGGCCUCGCACGUCCGCGUGAGCGCCGGCGGAAAUCUGCCGUCCCAGGACGUCCGAGGUUUCUGCCUGUGUGUUCUGCCUUCGCGCCUGCGGGCCGUCUGCCCUGCGUCUUUCCGAGAUGGCGUCUUGAGCUCUACCCGAACAGGGCAGUUUUUUUUCAAGUUUCGCAGUGUACUAUUGCCACAUUUUCGCGCCACACUUGUGAUCUCGCUCAAUGUGGAA